AUGCGGAUUUUCAAAUGGUCCGCUGAUUCGAUUUCAAAAAAGAACCACCUAUUGUCCCGGUCUGGAUCAAAAUCCCAGCUUUCCCCCUUUAUUGCUUUUCGAACAAUCGCCAACAUCUUUGGCACCCUUUUAAAAGUCGAUGAUGCUACACUAAACAAAACUCGGCUCCAAUAUGCUCGCUUUUGCGUAGCCCUCAAUCUUGAAUCCCCCCACCCAACUAGUAUAGCCAUCUCUUGCGGAAACAAACGCGUCGAACUCACUAUCGAGUUCGAACGCUUACCAAAAUAUUGUUUCUAUUGCUCUCAUGUGGGACAUGAUGACUCAACUUGUUACAUAAAAAAUCCAACCCUUCGCCCUGCCAAAAUUAACAAGGAAAAAAACUCUCACAUUGAACCAUCUCCCCAUAUUUUUCCCCCUUCUUCUGCUCUUCCGACCUCCGCACCCGUUAGCCCACCCAAUCCCUCCUCUUUUGUUCCUGACCCGACUCCCUUGAACUUGGCACCUCCUUUUGGCAUGACUCCACCCAACCCCUCCUUAUUAGGGUCGGUUCCUUACCCGACCCAAAUCUCUGGCCCCUCCUCUUUCCCUGAAGCGGGACCAAGCAAUGUACCUGACUCUUUGGAGCCAGGUUCGCCUAAGCCGAACUCAGUGAUUGUUGAGUCUUGCUCUUCUGGUUCUGAACCGAACUCCUCGGACCACUUUCCUCUUUUCCGAAUUUGA